AUGACGUCGUGCGCGGGAGACGCCACGGUGGCGUGCCGGGAUGACGCGCGGCCGCACGGGGACGCGCCCUGCGUCAUCGUCUGCCCCUUGCUCGCCAAGGCCGGAGACGAGGUCCACAUCCCGGUGGCUGGAGACGACGCGCCGACCGUGCCCGUGCUCACGAGCAAGUCGCCCGGGCGGCUCGCCGCCGCGGUGAAGGAGGCCCUGUCCGUAUCCCUGCGCGUGGCGUUCCCGAUGACACCGCUGGUGUCGUCCAGCGACGCGCGUGGAGAGGCGCGGUCCAUUCUCGGCCUCGCGCUCCCGAUGAUUCUAACGGGCCUCCUGCUCUACCUCCGCUCCAUGAUUUCGAUGCUCUUCCUCGGUCGUCUCGGCGGCCUGGCCCUCGCCGGCGGGUCACUCGCCAUCGGCUUUGCCAACAUCACCGGGUACUCCGUGCUCUCCGGCCUUGCCAUGGGCAUGGAGCCCAUAUGCGGGCAGGCAUUCGGCGCGGGCAACUUCUCGCUGCUCGGAAUCACCAUGCAGAGGACGGUGCUGCUGCUCAUCGCAGCGGCCGUUCCCAUCGGUGGCCUGUGGAUGCACAUGCGGCCUCUCCUCCUCCUAUGCGGCCAGGACACCGGCAUCGCGGCGGUCGCCGAGACCUACAUCCUGGCGUCGCUCCCGGACCUCGUCCUCCAGGCGUUCAUCCACCCUGUGCGGAUAUACCUCCGGGCGCAGUCCAUCAACCUCCCGCUCACGGUCUGCGCCGCGCUCGCCAUUGCCAUCCACCUCCCCAUCAACUACGUCCUCGUCACCGUCCUCGGCCUCGGCAUCAGGGGGGUGGCAUUCGCCUCCGUGCUGGCCAACCUGAACCUCCUCCUCUUCCUCCUCGCUUACAUCUUCUUCAAGGGCGUCCACAGGCGCACCGGCGGCUUCGUGCUCUCCCGCGAGAGCUUCCGCGGCUGGGGCGAGCUCGUCAGCCUGGCGCUGCCAAGCUGCGUCAGCGUCUGCCUCGAGUGGUGGUGGUACGAGAUCAUGCUGCUGCUGUGCGGCCUACUGCUGAACCCGCAGGCCACGGUGGCGUCCAUGGGCAUCCUGAUCCAGACCACGUCGCUCAUCUACAUCUUCCCCUCCUCCCUCGGCAUCGGCGUGUCCACCCGCGUCAGCAACGAGCUGGGCGCGAACCGCCCCGAGGAGGCGAGCCGCGCCGCCACGGUGGGGCUCAUGCUCGGCUUCGCCUUCGGCGGCUUGGCCUCCGCGUUCGCGUUCGCGGUGCGGAACGUGUGGGCGAGCAUGUUCACGGCCGACCCGGCGAUCAUCGCGCUCACCGCGUCGGUGCUGCCCAUCCUCGGCCUGUGCGAGCUCGGCAACUGCCCGCAGACCACGGGCUGCGGCGUGCUGCGCGGCAGCGCCAGGCCCAAGGACGCGGCCAGCAUCAACCUCCGGUCCUUCUACCUCGUGGGCACGCCGGUGGCGCUCGUCCUGGCCUUCUGGCUCCACUACGACUUCAAGGGCCUCUGGUUCGGGCUCCUGGCGGCGCAGGCCACCUGCAUGGUGCGCAUGCUGCUGGUCAUCGGCCGCACGGACUGGGCGUGCGAGGCCAAGCGCUCGAGGCAGCUCACCGGAGCCAAGGACAGCGACGACAAGGCUGGCGGAGACGAGAAGUCGCGCCUGUUGCUUGGCGACACGGACAUCGAGCAAGCGAAUGCUCACUCUGAUCAGUGUUGA